AUGAAUAUAUAUUGUGCUUUUAUGACUAAUGUGAUUAAUGGCAUAUGUGUUAGUUGUGUAGAACUUGUAAUCAUGAAACGAAAAGAACGUAGCUGGAUGUACGAAAGGAAGGUUGUGAAUUCUAUUAAUCCCGAGUUCUUGAAGGGGGUAGAUGAAUUCCUUAAAUAUGUGGAAGAUCAUCCCGAGAGUAGCAACCCGAAUGAAGUUAGGUGUCCAUGUUUUAAAUGCAAAAACAAACGUCUCUGGGAUCCAGAUACGGUCAAACUUCAUUUGUAUCGCAGCGGUUUUUUACCUAAUUACUACGAGUGGAUGUGUCAUGAGGAAGGGUUUCCAAGAACUCGUAGAAGGGAGUCAAAUGAAUAUCGUGAAAUGGUUUUGGAUGCCUUUGAUCAGUCUCAAGAUCAAGGCCAUUCCAAAGAGCCACCUGUUUCAUUAGAGGAGGAGCCUAAUGCACAAGCCAAGCCAUUUUUUGAUUUGUUAAGGGCUUCUGAACAACCGUUGUACAAAGGGAGUUCAUUGUCUGUGUUAGAGAUGGCUUCUAGAAUCACUAGCCUAAAGUGUGAGUAUAAUUUGCCGCACAGAUGUGUUGAUGGAUUUUCUUCUUUGGUUAAUGAAGCGAUUCCUAACAACAACCACAUGGCCGAGACAUUCUAUGAGGUCAAGAAAAUUGUUAAGGGGUUAGAGCUGCCCCAUGAAAAGAUUCAUGCAUGCCCGAAAGGAUGUAUGUUGUUUUGGAAAGAUGAUGCUCAAUUAUCUACAUGUAGGGUCUGUGGCAGCGACCGAUACAAGAAGACUUCUAAAGGUAGCUUAGUGCCUUUGAAUGUUCUAUUUUAUUUCCCUAUCACACCUAGGUUGCAAAGGCUUUUUGCAACUAAAAACAUUUAUAAGGAAAUGACAUGGCAUGCUAAAAAUCCUCGAGUUCAAGGCACAAUGGCACACCCUAGUGAUAGUGAAGCGUGGAAACACCUAGAUAGUUUCUUUCCUGAGUUUGCCUCUGAACCUCGUAAUGUUCGACUUGGCCUAUGUACGGAUGGAUUUGCUCCACAUGGUCAGUUUGGGGGACAGUAUUCAUGUUGGCCUGUCAUUUUGACCCCUUAUAACUUGCCUCCGUCAAUGUGUAUGAAAAGACAGUUCAUGUUUCUUUCGUUACUCGUUCCUGGUCCUAAAAACCCUAAGGGCAACUUGGAUGUUUACAUGCAGCCGCUCAUACACGAGUUGAAAUAG